CAAUUUAAGUAAAAAUAAUGUUAAGUUUAAACCUUUCUUUCUCAUUUUAAAUUUAAAUUAAAGUUAAAAUAAAUAGAAGAUAAUUUUUUUGAACGCUAUUUACGAUAGGAAGACGUUUGAGCAAAAAUUUUUAAAAAUUCUCGUAAAACUGUUAAAAAUUAGUUUAUAUAUUUGUGUCACCUAAAUAUUCAUUGAUCUACUGACUAAUAAUCAAAAGUUGUUAGUGAUUAGGAAACAUAAAAAUUUGAAGAAUUAAUUUAAUAUUCGUAUUACGCCAAUUAAUAAUACAAUGGUUGCUCUUACAAUUUCGAUAUUUAUUUUGUUAAAUUUGUUAUUAAAUAUUAACUGUCAAAAUUGUUAUGUACCAGAGAUUGAUAAUAAAAAAGUUGAAGCAAUAUGUUUUAACUGGAAAACUACUACAUCAGGUAUUAUAGAUGAUGGAAACGGUGCUGCGUCUAGUUCUGCAAGAGUUGAUUUCUUGGCAGAUUCAUGUGUCCCUAGUGCGGCAGGAAUUAUUUUACGUUGUAAAAUUGGUUACAAAAAUAAAAUAUCAGAAGAAGGUGAUUCUAUUUUAAAUAUAUGCAAAGGUGGAAAAUGGAAAUAUGAAAAUAUCAACAGUGAAAAUUGUGAAUCUAUAUGUGGCAAAUUAUUUCAAGAAGAACUUAAACCAACUUCAAAACCAUUAUUAUUUAAAGGUAAUGAAGUUGAUAUAAAAUUGGCACCAUGGCAUGUUGCUAUUUACAGAAAUUCUUCAAAUACAUUUGAGCAAAUAUGUGGCGGAACUAUUAUCCAUUCAAAUAUUAUUGUAUCGGCAGGACACUGUUUCUAUGAUUAUUCAAAAGAUGAUCUUUCUAAUCCAUCAAAGUUUUCAAUAGGUGCUGGCAAACGUUAUCGAGAUUAUGAAGCAAAUGAACAAUUAUCACAAUUUGCUCGUGUUAAAACAAUUUUUGUACCAGACACAUUUCAACCAGAACCAUUACGAAGUGACAUUGCAGUUUUAGUUCUUGAUCGUCACUUCAAAUAUAAUCCCGUUAUAGCGCCGGUUUGUUUAGAUUGGGAUCUUUCAUCUCAUAGUGAUCAUUACGAUAGACUUUCUGCGGUUCUUUAUGGAUGGGGACAUACAUCUCCUGAUGAAAUUGCGAGUUCAACACUAUUAAAAAUUAAUUUAAAGACCAUAGAGAGUACAGAUUGUAAAAAAUUGGUUGAUCGAAAUUAUAGACCAGAUAUUUCUCGUGAUAGAUUUUGUGCUAUAAAUGAUAAUAAUGCAACUGCAUGUGGUGGAGAUAGCGGUGGUGGGUUAAUAACUAUGAGAGAAGGGUAUAAAUUAACUGGUGUUGUUAGCGUUGGUCUUCAUAAAGAACUUUAUUGUACGGAUGGAUUUGUUACAGUAUUUACAAAAGUAAGAGUUUUUCAAGAUUUUAUUAAAUCAAUAGUUUCUAAAAAUCGAAACGAAGAACAGAAUGCAGCAGAACAAAUUUUAAAAUGGAAAAAUGUGCGAUAAUCAGAAGCAUUUUUUAUCUUGUUGUUAUAUACAAAUCUUUUAAUAUGAAUUCAAAAUAAAAUUUUAAA